AUGUACACGUCCAUUAGAAAGCCACCACUCGCCCCCACCAAGGGAGAUGUAAAAACCCCUGCGUUACGCAAAAAGGAAGUGGGGAUGGAGGAGCACACGCUGCAUGGUGUCAUUCCUAGUGUUCCUAGGACUGUCCCACCGCGCAACUACACCCAACGUAACGGUGGCAAUCCUUUAAUGCUCAACUCGCAACGCGGUAACGCGCUGCCGUAUCAAACUACCAAUUCACUCUUUGCAGGGAGUGUCGCACAGGGAAAAACAGGUGAAUUUGGCUCUCGCAACGGCAGUAGUGGCAAUAUCGCCCCUGAGCAUGAAGAUAGUGUCAAUCCCACAAGUGGUGGGGUAAUGCGUAGUGGAAACGGUCGUGGGCCUGCAGGGCGAUGCAUGCAGUCAAAGGCUAGUCUGAAGCGGAACUCUAGCGACAAUGUCGCGUCCAUCUUUGAGGGCUCGCUUCUCACAGGCGUAGAUCGCUCAGGCAAUGGCGCCAUACGGAAAGUGUUUUCAGGACCACCGUCGUCACGCGUGCUGGCAGGUCAAGGAGGAGGGAGUGGAAACAGCGGCGAUGGCACAUCGUAUCGGCCGCACCCACCAGGCAGCGGGGGUCCGAAAUUGGGUGUACGCCCCAUCCAAUUUGCCCUGAAUGCUAAUGGGAAUCCGAAGCUGUCACCGGUACCACCGCGUCCCCCAGUCAUGUUUUCCUCACCCAAAACCACCUUGGACAUUGGCCCUGAUCCCUUGCGACAAAAUAAAAGGCUUUCACGUGACGUCGUGGACCCAUUUGCCACCACGCAUGUCUUUAACGGUGUAGGUGCACAGCGGCUCUCCUCUGAGUCAGGUGAGGGAGGAACACGGUGGACCAGGGAUGCAACGCCGUUUGCACUGGCGUCUGUGAAGCUGCAGCAACUAGCCUUACCACCUACAAAGACAUCUCCGCGGAUGGCGUCGGGGUCACCUGCCGCCCUUUCUCGUUACGAUAGUCAUAGUGAUACUCUUAUAAACGGUGGUAAAUUACCCAGUAGUACCCUUGAAGACGGCACUAACAAAGGCAAUAUUCUUCAAUACGACUUUCGCGUCGUGGCUAGUACAGGAAAGACUUUUAGCUCCCCCAUCAAACUUACAUUUGGUGUAGGUAGCCUUCAGGGACUUCGUCCAACGAUGGAGGAUGAACACUUUGUGCGGUUGAAUGCAGCGGUGGCGGCGGGGCAGCCAGUGUCUUUGUUUGGAAUUCUUGAUGGUCACUGUGGUCGUCGGGUGGCUGAUUUGGCGUCAAAGCAAGUACCGGAUAAUUUUAUUGCUCACUCAGCCCUUGGUGAAAACAAUGCAUUAGCCUUUGUAGAAUCCAUUAUACAGGCAGAUAGAGCCAUUUUCCAUGCCAUGGGCAAAGGCACGGGUGGUGGAGCUGGUGUUAGUUGUGGCAGUGGCGGUGGCUCCACGCUCAUUGCUGCUGCCGUUCAUGGGAGAAUGCUGUACGUGGCUUGUUUAGGGGAUGCUCGGGCGGUACUGUACGAUGGUAACACAACCAUCCCCAUGAGUGAGGAUCAUAAGCCCUCCUCUAAAAGAGAGCAUACACGUAUUCUUCAGUGUGGCGGGUUUGUUCAGUUUGGUAGAGUGUGUGGUAUACUUGCCGUGAGUCGUGCGUUAGGGGACUACGAAUUUAAAUUCAACGGCAAUAGGUUCAUUGCAAACAAGGAACUUAUGGUAUCAAAUGUGGCGGAUGUUCGACAGAUCAAUUUGACCGAUUCCAGCAAGUUUCUGUUGCUGGCCUGUGAUGGGCUGUGGGAUGUAGUAGAAAACGAGGAAGCUACGCAAUUCGUGCGAGACUUCUUAAGCUACACGCCAGAUGUGGGUUCCUCGCCGGAGGCUACGAAGCGCGCGCUUAAUAACUGUUGUCAAAAACUUGCAGAGUUUGCUGUGGAUCGUGGCAGCACAGACAAUGUCUCGGUGAUGUUGUUCUUUUUCCAUGACGUAGCAGAGGUUGUGGCAGGGUUUGACCGACCCGUGGGCGCGGUCGUUCCCUCCCAUACCGGCCAAAGUGUGUCACCGCGCCUCAGCGCCCCAAGUCGCGGUCUCCCAUUCAGCGGAUCAACGUUGGACGGAUGUUCACACAUGACCAGUGGAGCGUCAGGGACUAGGAAUGCAUUAUUCGGUUCAGUCUCCUCUUGGCACGGUCGCGGUCGCUCUAUAUGGUGA